AUGUUCCACGUCGCGUCCCGCCGUGCCCCGGAGCCCCUCAACCUCUCCUCGGCCCACCACGCGUACCCCGUCGAGCAGAAGCUGAACAUCCCCCGCCUCCUCGCUCGCCCCGCCUUCUCCGAGCCCUCCCGUGACGCCCUCGCCCGUCUCGACAAGGGUCUCGCCGGCGUACCACUCGACUACGUCAAGAAAAUACUCGCCAGCAAAGCAAGCGACAUGAUCCUCGCGCGCCCCCGACGCGCUCGCCUUCCCGACCCUCAUCUUCGCCAUCCUCUCCUCCCGCGCGUCCUCCGCGUCCACGCCCACCGCCGCCUCCUUCGCGACCGCGCCUCCCUCCCCGCCUCCGCCACCGUCCCGCUCUACCCCGCCUCCGCGCUCGUCAUGGCCGCCCACUGCGCCCUCCUCCCACCCCUCCCCCGCUCGCACCCGCAUGCCCCGCGCCGCGCCGGGCUCACGCUCCCCAUCGUGCCGCUCACCGUCCCGAGCCCGGAGACGUUCGCGCUCCUGCACGCGUACCUGCACACCCUCCGCCCGGACACCCUCCUCGCCGCGCUCCUGCCCGCGCUCGCCGGCGCGCUCCCGACCCUCGCCGCGAGCGGGCCCUCGAGCGCCGCGGGCGAGCGCGCGUACGUCGGCCAGUUCACGUCCGACCGGCUCGUCCGCCUCGCGCACUCGCUCGCCGGCGCCGCGUUCCAGCGCGGGGGCUCGAGCCAGGCCGCGAUGGCGAGCCUCAUGGCGCACAUCAAGGUCGUCAACGGGCUCUGGCAGAACGUGUGCGCGCUCGGCGUGUUCGACGAUGAGCUCUGGGGCGUGAUGGACCUCGCGUGGGAGGUCGUGCUCGCGGCGAUGACCAAGGUCAUGGAGAACAAGGCGUGA